AUGGAACGCGAGUGGCGCCAGCGGGCCCUGGAGGCGGCGCGCACGAAGGCGGACCGCGACGCCCAGGUGAGCCAGGAGAGGCGCCAGCAGGUGGAGGAGCGCCAGAGGUCCCGGAUGGAGGCGGCGCUGGCGCAGAAGAAGGAGCUGCUCAGGGACAAGGAAGACUACGAGUCAAGAAUCCGAGAUCAGAUCAAGUACCAGGAGGCGGUGCGAGCGAAGGAGGCCGACCAGCUGAAGAGGGAGAAGGAGGAAGAGGCUUUGAGAAUUAAGCAGAAAGAAGCGGCCCUUGUUAGACUGAAGUUGGACACCAUGCAGGAACUCAGGAGUAUGGCUCUUCCUGAGCAGCUUAUCCAAGACCUUGAGAAGAAACUACACAUCUCCAAGAUUGAUCGACAGACUAGAAAUAACAAAAAUAGGACCAAGUAAAUAUAACAUUUCUGUCCCUGGUUAAUUAAUUACUGAAAGAAAGUAGUAGUGUUCAUAUGAGAUAUACUUUGAAUCUUUAGGUCAACCACUUUAUUUCUGCAAGUUGAAUAGAAAAAUUAUCAUGAAUAUUAGGUCAGAAACAAAAAAAAGAUUAGCAUUCGACAUAUGAUCACUCUAAUAGGCUUUUGCAUAAACAAAUUAAGCUGGCAAAAAUGUAGUUACACAGCCAAAAUUAAAUUAUUACUCAUUUGAUAUGGACACAAUACUCUUUAUUUAAUAUGAAUGCUUGAAACUGAAUUCCAAAUAUUUAAAUAAGACAUGCAAAUGUACUUCCAUCACUAAUUUUUGUCAUCACUGCCACAGCUCAGUUCAGUGUUUGUGUCCAAUUAAACCUGACUUCUGAACUACUUAACAGUGUUCUUUUGUUAUCAAUGGUGCUCAUAGACUAAGAAUUAUGCAAUUUAAUGUUAUGUACCCAAUCUCCGUCGCCAAAUGUGUUCCCGAGUAUGACUCUAUCUUAAAUGAUAAAAACUCAUACUUGUGCAUCAGAGUUCUUGCCGUUACACUUACACAGUCUACUUUUUAAAAGCAAUAAAAGUAAGAUUAUUGAUGUAAAAGUAGUGCUGAUUCCACUGCCUUGUUAACCAUAAUCUCCUACAGUUGUAACAUAAUUUAACAUAAUUUAAAGACAAUUGUUUCUCUAACCUCAUUGUAUUGUAUUUGUAUAUUAUUUAAAGUAUGAAAAAUAUAUUUCCUCUGCUGUUGAGGACCUACAAAUGACAUUGUAUGAGGUGCUUUGUUUAAAUCUGGUCACCUUGGAUAGGUGAACUAAUAAAAUUGUGAUACUGUAGAUGCAGCUGUAUGAGACUGUUUGUUACUUUUUGCCUUA